AUGCACUAUGACAAACUUCAGGGUACAAACACAUACCUAAUCGGUACGGGUUCUCGGAAAAUUCUUCUCGAUACCGGAGAAGGAAAACCGAAAUAUCUUCAAACACUAACUGAAUCACUCAAAAAGCUGGGCGAAGAUGUAAUCAUCACAGAUAUAUUGAUAACUCAUUGGCAUACAGACCACGUUGGGGGUAUAGACAGCAUUCUUCAAUAUACAAAAGAAAAUAAUCUGCCCACUCCGGUUGUUCAUAAACGAUUGAAUCCAAAAAGGGAUAAACCUCAUCUCACAUUUCAAGCUAUAGAAGACAAUCAAAUUUAUCAAACAGAUGGUGCAAAUCUUCGUGCAAUUUUUACUCCAGGGCAUAGUGAAGAUCAUGUCGCAUUUUAUUUGGAAGAAGAAAAUGCAUUGUUUACAGGUGAUGCUGUAUUAGGUGUAGGAACAACAGUUUUUGAAAGUCUCAAUGAAUAUAUGACCUCUUUGCAAAAAAUGAAAGAAUUAACACCAGGUCGAGUAUAUCCUGGUCAUGGACCAAUAGUUGAAGAUGGUAUGGCCAAAUUGGAAGAAUAUAUUAACCACCGCCUACAACGUGAUCAAGAAAUACUUGCAGUACUUCAAAAAUCUAACAACCCUUUAACCUCUAUGCAAAUUGUAGAA